UACAGUGUGUUACAACGCAAAUAGUCAUCAAAUUGUAGGCGAUAAGACCUUCAUGCGAAAUCUGAUGUAAACAACAGACUAUGUAUCUAGAUUUCACGGAUUAUACGCAUUUGUGGACAAAAAUGGUCAUUGGAUUAUUUUAUUGGACUUUCAUGGAUCAUUCACACAUCUGAAACAGACUGGAUUCGAUUCGUGAUCAUUGUAUCAACACAAAAGGUAAGAAGUCACGUUAUAUUUUGCAUGUUGUCUUCUGUCACAAAAUACUACAUUUAUGAUGCUAGAGCAUCUGUAUCUCAAAACAGAGAUCAUACAUUGAUGCUAAUCCCGUAAAUUAUACCUUUUAAAUGUAUAGUGAUGUUAAAAUUGGUUGUAAACAGUAGGCUAUAUAGAUAUUUUUGCAGGCUAGAUAGUUUACAGCGUGGUUUCGAAAGUUAAAAAAAAUAUUUAAGGGCUUUAUUUUACAAUUCUACAAGAACUAAGUAAUAGUGCUUUCCAAACUAAAAGUUUUUUGCCAAACUAACCGAGACUGGGCCUUACCGCCCUGGCUUUUCUGACGAGGCUAACUUAACCCCCGAGCCUCUUAUAACUUUACGGUCCGGACCUCCCGCUAGCUUCUAGCAAUUAGCACGCGGUCCACAAGCAGUAUACAUCCCCCACCGGGUCUUAAUUUCUGUAAUUUGCGAAAAUAAUGCGUUUGAAAAUGUUUUAUAACGGGAAUAUGUUAGUAUUGUCCAGGGAAAACGAGUGUAUUGUUGAAACUGCUACAUCACAAUUUACUCUGGAAUUAUUGUGUGUCAUGAGUUUCUUCUCCUGGAGUGUACUUAUUAGUGAUACUUUUCUGCUUGAUUUGUCUGUUGGCAACAUAAACCGUUAAUAAUAAUAAUAAUAAUAUAUAAAAUAAUAACACAGUAUGGUCUGUACUGCUCACGAUACCACUGAGCAUGCGCACGGGCACAUGACGUUAGUAGUGGGGCGUGAUCAAAGGAGCAGCAGCUCAUAAAUAUGUAAUGACUAGCUCAAAACGGCGCAUUCUGAAAUGCCCUGAAACAGAGACUCCUAGAGAUGGGUAACAAUCUUUUCCUACAAGCUAUUUCGAGCAAACAACUUUUGAAACAUGCUGCAUGGAACUCAUACACCUAUUUAACUUGUGGAAAAGCAGUCAUAAGAUGGGCACUUUAAACACAUUUUUAUUUUAAAACACUUUGCAUGAAAUUCUGAACUAAUAAAAUUAAAAUGAAUUAUUCCACCCAUGCUAAAAAAAAACUUGGCUAAUGAUGCUAUCAUGAUCUUGUUCUGUGUUUUCCGUCCAAGACUCUAAUUUUGAAGUUAUAUUUCUGUCAUCCAUGUUUGUAGUCCGUUGUAGUUCUGUUUUUGAUAAGCCUUUGUGUGUUUGUCUCCCAGGUGUGUCUUGUUACCUGUUAUCCUUGAAUAUAUAUACCCUACUAUUUCUCUUGUCGUUUGUCUGGUAUUGUUGCUUGUAAUAAGUUGUAGUGGUUUCUGUGGUCAUUGGUUUUGUUCUAUGUGUGGAUUAUUUUGUUAAUAAACCAUUAAUUAGGCCAUUUGAGUGCAUUUGGAUCACUUAUUUUACCUCAUCAUUACCGAUGUAGACAUAACCAAAGCACAAAGUAUCUGAUUUAGAAAUGUGACCAAUAAGAAAAGAGAUUAAACAGGAAUGAGGAAAUGUGCUUCAAUUCUGAAGAUUUUGUGUAGUUACUAGUGAUGUCGCAUUUGUGUAUCUUCAUCUAUUGGCUGGACUGGGUGUAUAAACGUGUGGCUACAAGUGUGGCCUACACAGGUGUGGCCUAGACAGCAGUCGAAAACUCAGAUCAGAGAAUAUUAUUUAAGAAUGUAAUUGUUGUUAAAUAUAAGACAAACAUGCGAUCUGUAGCGCUUCUGCUAAUCGGGAUUCAUAUGGUCUUUGCUGAUUCCUUCAAUACAAGAUGUGUAAAAGUGGGCGGAAAUGUGGGAGAAAAGUUGACUCUUACCUGCAGAGUCUCUUAUCAGAGGAAUAGAUGCUGCAUUAGGAUGUACAAGAUUAUACAAACAGCGAGCGAUUAUGACCAAACAAUCUGCAGAGAGGAGUUCAGAAGCGAUUCUUGUGUGCAGGUGGCCAACUUCUCAUGUUCUUACACUGCAAAAUCAGCAAUGACAACAAAAUUUCUGUUGUUUUUGCAAGAGACAUGUGGACACGGAACUACAGUAUUCAAUAUGAUAGCAAAAGGAAAUACCUCUGAUGUUUUGACUGAAGAAAGACAUGAGAAGAAGAGGGUGAUUAACUCAUUUAAGGCAGAAGCCCUUGUUGGAUGUGCGCUGACUCUUACUAUCAUUGUUGCUAUAAUCUGGCUCAUUGAGUGGAUAAAGUCUAGACAGGUUAAAAGCCGUCAUGUAACAGGCUAUGUGACAGGCAGUACCACGGAUACUGACUCAGUGCCAGAUGGAAAAAUACUAAUAUAUACGUCAUCUCAGUCUUUAGACAUACCGAAAGAUUUUUGAUAUGUUUUGCCUGUUGACUGCAUGAUCUGUGAGCUGCAGAUAUGUGACCCAGUCUCAAAAAGCUCGGAUAGCUAUCCGAUCAGAGAAAACGCAUGAAGUGACCAGGUGUAAAAAGCCCCAAUUUGUUUACAAUCAUGAUAGGAUUAAGAGUCCGUUAUGCUGUUCCGAGCUGUAAAAAAAGCAUCUCUGCGUAGACUUCCAGAUGGCAGUUCUAGUAACGACGUCUAGAAUCCCGUAAAAGCUGCGGUCGGCAACUUAUUUUAUCAUAUUUUUUUAUCAUAUUCACUGAAACCAACACUAUGCUCCGAUAGAACAACAUCAAUUAGACUGUUUAAGAAAAAAACCCGCGCUUCUAGCUCCUAGAGCCUGUUAUUUGUUUUGCAAAAAUCCACCGCUCCCGGUUCAUUUGGUCCAAUCAGCGCAGGCUGGUUCAUUUGGUCCAAUCAGCGCAGGGCUGUGUAAAAUCUGUCAAUCACAGCACCUGUACGCGCCACAGAUCCCCAUCCCCCUCGCGCGCGUUACAAUAUCACGUGCAUCCGCCUGAAUUCAUAGUUGUUUUGGUUUGAACAGCAUGAUGGCGGAGAGAACUUUCAGUAACAAACUUCCGAUUUCUCGGUUAACAACUAGAGCUAGGAAAACAACCAAUGAAAAGAAGGAAACAAAGAUAGAAAGCGACUGUGACCGUAUUAAAACUAGGAUCAAUAUCGGACCGGCAUUUGAAAGGAAUCUACGAGAUUUCAAGCUGGAUGCAGAGCUUGCCACAUUUCUUCUCAACAGGUAAUUGUGCUUUAUCAACCAUUGAUUGUAUUUCGGAGUGUUAUGUAAGUAAUCUAAGUAUUCUUGCUAAGUAUGCGUUCACAAUAAUACUUUUGCACACGCGCUGACGAGA